CUGAGACCUGAGGGAACCUGAAGUGACAGCGGGUAGUUUUCUGUUGCGUGUAGAUGAGGAAACUCUGAAUGGAUUAAUGGCUAAAACUAAAGAAAGGAUUUACUGGUUGAAAAAUUAGGAACUGUUGCGAAUUAUAUAUCGGACGUGUUUUGUUUGGUGUAAAACCGUGACAGACAGCGAGAGCGCGCGCGCUGUUUGCCGGCUGGUGUUUAGCCUCUGAGCUAACAGGAAGCCCGGAGCAGGCUGAGGGAAGCCUUGGUUCUCUGUCACGCGCUGUGUUGACCGAUUUGUAGCCGGUUUAUUCCUGAUUAUAGCGAUGGGCGCUGCGGUGUAUGUUUUAUCCACGGUUACAGGCUAUGUGCUCACAUCCGCUUUGCUGCUGAAAUGUCCUUCUUUACUUCACCGCAGGAAGCGGGAGAUGUUCCGGGGCCAUCACAUCUCACACCGCGGCGGUGCAGGUGAGAACCUGGAGAACACGAUGGCAGCCUUCAGGCAUGCUGUACAGCUUGGCACCGACAUGCUGGAGCUGGAUUGUCAUUUGACCAAAGAUGAGCAGGUGGUGGUGUUACAUGACUCCAACCUGAAGAGAUCAACUGGAGUUAGUGCCAGCAUUUCGGAUGUUGCGUAUGCUGAUCUUCCACCUUACUUGUGUAAACUUGGUGUGACUUUCAAGCGAGACUGCUUUGUCGAAGGAGGUGGCGAUAAAAGCAUCCCUCUGCUGAGAGAUGUGUUUGAGGCUUUCCCAAAGACCCCCAUUAACAUUGACAUCAAGGUCAAUGAUGACACACUCAUCAGGAAGGUCUCCGAGCUGGUCGUUAAAUAUGAUAGAGAGCAGUUGACUGUAUGGGGCAACUCCAGUAACCAGAUAGCUCAGAAAUGCUACAAAGAGAACCCUCGGAUCCCACUGCUGUUCAGUUUACCCAGAGUGCUGCUCCUCGUGGGGCUUUUCUACACUGGCCUUCUGCCCUUUGUACCCCUUAAGGAGCAGUUCUUGGAAAUUCCCAUGCCUUCUAUUACUUUCAAACUCCGAGACCCCAGGAAGAUGACACGGACUGAACGCUUCAUCACUUGGCUGGCAGACACCCUCCUCAUGAGAAAAGCUCUGUUUGAUCAUCUAAGAGCUCGUGGAAUACAGGUCUACGUGUGGGUACUGAAUGACGAGGAAGACUUUAAACGUGCCUUUGCCCUUGGGGCCACCGGUGUGAUGACUGACUACCCCACCAAGCUCAAAGAGUUCAUGGAGUAUAACAUUCCUUCUGCAUCCAAAUGACCUGUGGAGGCAGAACAGCUCACUGUAUUAAUUUUCUACUCUAUUUUUCCACUUUUCUGUGUGGCCUGGCCAGAAUAUCCUGCAGUCUUGUUUUUACACAACAGCAUUUGCAUGUGUGAAGUAAUAGAAGAGGCUGAUAGGAGUGUGCUGACCACUUUUUAAAAGAAUGAUUGUUAUAAGGCCGUAAUGGAUCUCUUUUGGAAAAUGGUACCACACGUUCUCCAUAGCAGAGCCAGAUAGUUAUUGUGUGUUUAAAAAAAAAAAUGUGAACACAUGUAGUUGGUUUUAAAUCUGUUAUUACAUUAGUAUAGAUAUGGACUUUAAUUUAAAAAAAAAAGCCUAGAGAAAAAAUAUUACAGGAGUAGCGUGACAUAUGGUGAUAAAUUACAGAGGCUGAGUUUACUACUGAUGUUAAUACAGGCUCAUUGACUCACCCUAACAUUUCAAACUGCUUAUGAAUGUGAACCUGGGCGCAACAAAAUACUUUUCAUAAUCAUCACUGUAUAAUCCAAAAGGACAUACCAUUCUGGUUUAAAAAAACACUACACUCUAUGCCCUUUGUGCUGCAAGUGGCCAAAGUGAUAUCGAUACACUCUUCUGAUCUGUGAGGGGAAAUUGACAAGAGCAAAACCAGUAUUCUAAUGCAAGGCAAUUCAAGCAUAUGGUAGGGUACCAGCAGAGGGCCUUUCAUGCAGUUCAUCACCUGGAUGCAGCCAGUAAUACAAUGCGUUACUUAGCAGCAGACGACCACUAAGUAGUGUGUCUCAUGUUUACAAAAAAUGCUUUAGUCUAUAGGCAUGUCUUAUCACGAAUCUGUGGCUGAAGAUAUUUUAUUACUGCAGGAUUAUCUCAAGCAAUAGCUCUUUCUUUCUCAGUUCAUUAUUAUCUCUAGCUUGUGAAAGUAUUUAAUUGCCUGAGUGAUACGAGGUAGUGGUUUUGCUGUGGCUUUUUCAGAGGCAAUAAAAACUCCAUUCAGUACAGUACAGUGGAGUGGCCAAACGCAUAACUGCCUGCUUAGAUUUUCAGCUGUGUUCUGAUCACAUGUAGUAGACGAAUAUUCCAGGGUUUUGUUAACCUCCUCUCUGUUCACUGUAUAGCAUAUAGUGAGUAGAACUACCAUAGGCAAUCGUUAAUUUGGUACACACUGUAACUCAAAAGGCAGUUGUUGAAUUCUAUCAAUCUGUAAACAUUUCAAAUACGCUGCUGAAUAACAUGCAUUGAAAGCUACAACUCGUACACAUUAACAGUGAUCAUCUUAGGAUGUGACAAUCAGUACCAAAGCAGUGCAAUAAUAAGUUUUAUAUAUAUA